CGCACGUAAUCUGUGUGAGGUCCAGUGAGGUCGUUACACAUCGGAUUCUCAAUGUCACGCGACGAGUCACAAUAAGAAAAAGGCAAGAACCGAUCGAAAAACUCGUUUAAUGAGAGUCUCCGCAGCAGUCAGGUUCGAAUUGGAAGUGCGCGAACCGCAAGAGACGAUUAGCGGUAGAAGACGCGCAGGUUCAACAGCCUACCUUCCUACGAACUACUCCUAUUCUUCUUCACCACCUCCUUCGUAAUCAAACAACAUCAUCAUCAGUUUAGUUGUGUGCAGCGAACGGUCAAAAUGCAGCAGCCGAAGAUAAUAUUUUGCGUACUGCUGGUGUCUUUGGUGACCCUAGCAAGGGCGGAGCCACCCACAAAUCCCAUCUACAACGCUGGCAAUCAGAAAUUCGCCAUGGAACUCUUUCAGGAGGUGCUGCGAACGGAACCAGGAAACCUGCUGGUCAGUCCCGUCUCCCUGCAGAUGGUGAUGAGCGUUGCGGCGAUCGGCGCCAGAGGUCCCACGCAGCUGGAGGCCCUCGACGUGCUCAAACUUCCACCGAACGAGCAGAUCGUAGUGCGCACUCUGAACUACAUCAUCUCCACGCUGAAGGGCAACGAGAACUUUGCGCUGAACCUUGCCAACGGCCUCUUCGUGAGCGAUCAGUUCAGGAUCAACGAGACCUUCAGGAGUCUGGUCCAGAGAGGCUUCGGGGCUCAGGUGCAGACGUUGGAUUUUCAGCAGCGAGAGCAGUCAUCGAACGCCAUCAACAAUUGGGUAGCUCAGAAAACGAACAACAAGAUAAAGGAACUGGUGUCGCCCAACGAAUUGCUUCCCGAAAGUAGACUAUUUCUGCUCAACGCCAUCCAUUUCAAAGGUAAUUGGCUCAAGCCCUUCGACCAAUACGACACCAUCUUGAGACCGUUCCAUCUGGAUAACGGCGCCGUCGAGAACGUCCACAUGAUGCAGAUAACAGAUUCCUUCGACUACUACGACAACGGCGAAUACCAGCUGCUGUCGAUGCCGUACGAAGGAGGCGAAGCCUCCAUGGUCUUCAUUCUUCCCAGGAAGGGAAGAUCGUUGCAAAACGUGCAGCUGCAAAAUCUAAUCUCGGCACCGUUCACCCAGCAGCUGGUGCGCGUGCAAAUCCCCAGGUUCAGCAUCGAAACAACAGUUCAGUUCAAGCCGAUCCUGGAAAAGAUGGGAAUGAGACACAUCUUCAGCCGGGCCGCUGAUUUGAGUGGUAUUGGAUCGGAUUUGAUCGUCGACAAGGUUGUGCAGAAGACGUUCAUCAAUGUGACGGAGAAGGGCACGGAGGCGGCGGCCGCCACUGCAGGAGGCGUUGUCACGCUGUCUAUCCCCGCCCCGGACCAUCGCGUCAAAUCGGAGUUCAUAGCGGACCGCCCCUUCCUGGUCGUCCUCCACCUGAUCAACAGCCCGAACGCCCGCCGAGCCCAGCAUCCCGAAUACAUCCUCUUCACCGGCCGCAUUGCAUCCCCAUAAACCGUUUAAACAUCCUACUCCUCGACGAAAGACAGACAGAGAGAUACAGAAUGAAAGGAACACUAUUAACGAACCUAAAAUAAAAACUACUAUUAAGUGAAACUUGACGAACAUCAAUUUAGACUGAUUAGCAUCCGUGCGGCUUUUUGCAGCGACAGUCAUCGAGCGGAUAGGCGAGGAGGAGGACCUCUCGCAGCCACCGUUCGUCGCCGAUCAUCCAUUCGCGAUUUGCCUCCUGCAUAAGGACGAGCACAUCCUCUUCGGCGGACGCGUCAACAUUCCAAUUAGCUAGAAUAGGAACA